AUGAAUCGCGCGCUCUCUGUCUCGAGGGCAGUCGGAACAUCCUCAGGAAGGGUUGCGGUAAGGGUGACACGUCGCCGGCUUGCGACAGAAGCUCCGGUUCAGCCGCCUAAGAAGAAGAGGAACAUACUCCGUAGAUUGGUAUUCUACACGACCGCCGCAACCGCAACUUUCUACGUGGGCAGCGCGUUUGUUGCGUACAAGUACCCGCCGUACUAUGACGUUUUCAUCGAGAAAGUGCCGCUAGGCCCGGUGGUCAUUCAGUUUGGUGAGGACCACGAUUGGGAUACCCUUACACUUCAGAAAAUCAUCCAUUCGAGCAAGAAUGCUGCUGGAUAUAUUCAGGGACUCGUCACGGGUGAGCGGGACGGCGCCAGCACGCCCACGGCGCUUGAGAAGACCAAGGAGGCUGUGGAUAGGACGAAGGAAGUGGUUGCGCAGAAAGCUCAAGCUUCCAAGGCUGUUGCUGCGGAGCGUUAUCAGGACUCCAAGGACCGCCUGAAAUCUGUGGCGAGCUCACUGAAGACUGGUGUGAAGAAAAAUGAGGAUCAGGCUCUAGAGAAGGGUUCCAAAGCUGCAGCAAUCGCGGUGCACCAGGCUGUGCAGUUCUCUGAGGGUGUGGAGGAGCUCGUACGCAAGGCCGAGGCAGCGCUCACAGACAAGUCUGCAGGCACAUCACGAGAAGUGACAACGACGCCUAGCCAGCCUUUUGUGCCACUGGAGGUUUCAGCACCUCAUGAUACUGAAGCCAAGGAACCAGCACGGAAUGGCGUCGUCUACGAUGCCCCAUUACCCAUUGGUUUUGAGCCUCCACCUGGCUUUUCUCGUCCCAAACCCCCCAAGUCCACACCUGCACCAACUUCUGUUCCAGCCGAGGUGCCAUUACCUCCUUUGCCUCUCGUUGCACCCGCGGUCUCCGAAUUCAGCGUCUCUGAGCCCGUUAUUUCCCAGCUCGCUUCCGUUAUUGACAACCUCGCUUCAUAUCUCAACGCAAACCCUACUGCCGCAGAGAAAGCGCGAGACAUUCUGGAUGCUGCGAAAGUAGACUUGACAGCAUUGGCGACCCGUAUUGAGGCCGUGAAGGAGGAAGAACGCCAUAAGCUUGAAGCUAAGCUGGACGAUCAGACGCGAGAAUACACGAUCAAACUACUUGAGCUCGAGAUGGAGGCUCAGGAUAAGCUGGAUAACCAAGAACAGGACUUCAGGAAGUUCUUUGACGAAGAGAAAGCGAAGUUUGUUCACGCUUACCGGGAGAAACUUAAUCGUGAGCUGCAGACACAAAGCGAGAUUAUCAACGAACGCUUGAAAGAAGAGGUUGUCGCUCAAGGAAUCGAGCUUCAGCGCCGUUGGAUUCGCGAGAUCAAAGUUCGCGUGGAGCAGGAGCGCGGCGGACGUCUCGCAAAGUUAGACGAGCUCGCUACUAACCUCAAGCGCCUGGAGCGCAUUGCUCUCGAUAACUCUGUCUAUCUUGACGAGAACAUUCGCAUCCACGCCCUUUGGUCAGCGCUCCGUGCACUGAGCAGCAGCAUUGAUGCAUCGGUGAGGAAGCCGUUCAGAGAGGAGCUGCGAAUUUUACGGCACGUUGCUGUGGCACGCGAGGAUCCUUUGGUCUCAUCUGUGCUCGAGAACCUUGAGGCAUCAGACGUCCCCGACGUUGGUGUAGAACCAUUCGCAGACCUUGCGACAUGGUUCAGCACCUCGGUCGCUCCCGCCGUGUCAAAGGUUGCGCUAGUGCCCGAUCAGGAUGCUGGUCUUCUUUCGCAUCUUGCAUCGCAUCUCGUAUCGUCCUUCACGUUCCGGAGACAGGGUCUCGUUUCUGGAAAUGAUGUCCUCAGUGUCCUUGCUCGUGCGGAGUACUAUAUGAACGAGAAGGACCUCGAUGGUGCCACGAGGGAACUCAAUCAACUGAGGGGAACGGCGAAGCUACUUAUGUCAGAUUGGCUUGAUGCUGCACGCAGGAGGCUGGAAGUAAUGCAAGCCUUGGAGGUCGUACAAUCACAAGCAACGUUAGCAUCUCUACUUGUUGCUCAAGAUUAA